AUGCCUGCUGGACACGGAUUAAGGUCGAGGACUCGGGAUCUUUUCGCGAGGCCUUUCAGGAAGAAGGGCCCGACGCCUCUCUCCAUCUACUUGCGGACCUACAAGAUCGGAGACUAUGUCGAUGUCAAGGUGAACGGGUCAAUUCACAAGGGCAUGCCCCACAAGUUCUACCAUGGCCGCACCGGCCGCGUCUGGAACGUCACAAAACGCGCCAUAGCUAGUAGCAGGGGUUUCCCAGCAGUUGAGCAAUCCAAAGCAGGAGCAUCAUCUCCAGCAGCUAGCCUAUCACCUGUAAGACCAGCAGCAGUGAACCAGGGUCCUAUCAACCUAUUUUGUGUUUCUGAUUCCAAGUGA